AUGAACUUCCUCUACGACAUGGACCAGAAGGACCUCCAGGAGUAUGACAACGCGCAGCUCUACUCCGACAAGUCUGUCAACUUUGGCAUGACUAUGAGUGGCAGUUGUGACUUCUUUGUCAACUGCGGCAACAGCACCAAGGUGGACAUGGACAAACGCAAUGCUAUCAAUGCUCGUGGCAAUGUGGAGCUCUUUGACCAGUUGGCUUUCUGGCAUGGUGUGAAAAGGAGAUGGCGCGGCAACUUGCAACAGAGAUGGAACUCCAAGGUGAAGCUGAAAGGAUUGAUCUUCCUGAUGCUCUACGUGGAAGCAGCUGGGAUGGAUGCUCAACAGGCCAAUGACCUUCUCACCAGGAUCAUGGAGCUCAGCAAUGCAGCUGCACAAGCUGCAACCACGGCAACCUCUAUGAUAGAGGGAUUCCAAACUGGUGGAAAAGGAUCUUCAAGGUUUGGAGAUGGAGCCAAAGUUCUACGAGCACCAGAUGUCUUUGAGAUGGACGACCCAGUACGUUACAGCCUAUGGCGUGAGCAGUUCUUGAAUUGGUUGGUCUUGUGUGACUCCAAGUAUGGAGAGCUCAUCAAGGAUGUGGAGAACUUGGACUUUUCCGAGGACAUGGGAAGCUUGGCGCCCGAUGUGAGGGAGCUCAGUGUGGAGCUCUACAGCAUUUUGUCUUCAUAUCUACGUGGACCUGCACUUCAGUGCGAGAUGGCCUCUGGGAAGAAGAUGCCAGACGAUCUGGCAGUAUCAACAGUUUUGAGGUGCAUUGAUGCCCCAACGCGCAAGCACUUGGAGAUGGUGAUGGACGAUGAUUUCAGCUACUCGAAGUUGAAGGAGAAGCUGAUCUUGCUGGACAACUUUUCUCAAAAGCCUUCAAUCUUUGCAGAACCCUUCAAGCUCUACAUCUUCCUCAUCUCAAGGCCCAGUUCCAAUGGAGGUGGACCAGGCAAUUUCAGGAGGGUGAAGCUCUACAACGUGGCCACUCCUCCAAUCACAACACCAGAAUGCUUUGAGAUGGAAAGCGUUGAUGGUGAAGAAGAAUGGUUUUCUACAUGCAUGGUCAAGUCUGUGGAUGUGGAAUGGUUUUCAAUGGAUGGUGGUGAGAUUGACGAGCCCUACAACCAGUGCAAUGAGAAUGCGCUGUAUCAAUGGUAUGGUGAUUGCAACCAUCAGUUUGACAGGUUGCAUGUCAGCAAGGAGGAGAUCAUGGAUCGGUACCAUGUUCGAGCUGUGCCAAUGAUGGACCCUCAGCUCAUCGUUUUGGACAGUGGAGCUGACACUAGCCUUUUGCCAAAGACAAUGUGCGAGAAAGGUUUUGGCAAACGUCUUGGAAAGACGGUUCUUCAAGAUGCCCAAGGAGCCCGACUUGAAACGUUUGGAAAACGCUCAGCACAACUUGAAUGUGAAGGGAAUGGGUCAGACCUUGUGGUCAUUGAGGACGACUUUGUGGUGGCGUCAGUGCAGUCACCCUUGAUCAGCCUCGGACGUCUUCUACAAAAAGGCUGGACAUUGACCCCUUCCAGUGCUGAAGCUGGCAUCAACUUGGUAGAUCCAGACAAAGGAUGUGAAGCCCCACUUUGCUUCAAGAAGAAUUCCCUGGCGCUCUAUGCGCAUAUCAGGGUGGUCAACCUGGUUGAAGAAACGCUUGCAACUUCAUGCCCUAUCACCACCAUUGUGGGGGAUGACGAGCCAAUGUCUGAGAUGGACGAGGACAAGGAGAUGAUGGUUGUUCAGACCAUUGUGGAGCCCAAAGCUGAACUUCUAGACAGAAUCUUCAAACGUGGUUGGACUACGACAGAAGCUGGCAAUCCUUACAUCAUUGUCCCCAACAAUGUGGAGUACAUGGACCCCAGCAUGUUGUUUCCAUGGUCAGAAUGGCCCAGGCGUCGCACUUUGGUUCAACGUGCAGACUUCAAGUGGGGUGUAAUCGAGCACUGCGUCCCCUACUUCACAAAGAUCACCUACACAGGUGGUUCACACAUCAGUGCAGAGAGUUUUCCAUUUGCAGAAGAACCUCAAGUUCCCAUGGAGAUGCAAGAAGGUCUCAAACCUGAGGAACUAGCCCAGAUGGAUGCUGAACGUGGUUUGUUUAGCAACAUUGAGAAUUUCCAGUGGACGUUUGACAAUCGAGAUGCGCUGACAGUUGGCAGCACCAUCGUGAAGAAGGACAGCAGCAUAGCACUUCUUCGAACUGCAGCAGGUUCUUGGGGAUCUCCAAAGGUGGUCAAAGGAAACCCUGUGGACACGACUCUGGAGAACCAGCAACUCUGUCAAGAUGCCAAUCGUCUUUAUCGAGAAGAAAAUCAAGUGAAUGUUCAGGCGCAAUCUGUGCCGAGGCAACCAACAAAGCAGGAGAGAAUUUUGCAUGAGUUGACUCAUUUACCUUUUCGAAGUUGGUGCAGUUUUUGCGUGUCUUGCAAAUCAAAGAUGGAUUCCCUUCACCAUGUGAAUCCUCAACCAGAGCGCAGAGAAUACCCUGUGAUUCAGCUGGACUAUGCAUAUGGAAAAGUGACACCAGGAAUUCCAGCGGCAACAAUCUUGGUAGGCAUUGACUGUCAAUCAAAGAUGCUGACUGCAUUUCCAGCCGAGACCAAAGGCACAAACCUUCGUGGACAAGCUGAACACAUCACUCGUUUUUCUUUGAUGCUCAACCAUGUGGACAAGAUCGAGAUUGUGGCUGACUCUGAGCCGACUAUGCUGGAUCUGCUACAGAAGAUUACAUUGCUCACGCAACAUCUUGGUUUUGAGACGGUGGUGACUCAUGGUCUUCCAGGAGACAAGCGCAGGACAGCUCAAGUGGAAAGGGCUAUUCAAACUUUGAGGAGACAGGCUUCAACACUUUUCGAGAUGGCAGAGCAGAAAUGCGAGGUGAAAUUGCCCGGAGAUCACGCUUUGAUCCCAUGGUCCUACAUUCAUGGCGCUUGGACCUUGAAUCGAUUUCACUGCGAAGCAAUCCGUCGCACUUCAGAACCAUGGAGAGGUGUUUGGCUUCUCUUGGUCAAGGAGAAACCUUACCAAACUUUUGGACGACGAGCUCUUCUGAAAGGAUUGACCUAUGGCAGCCCAGCAACACCAAGACCGGUGGCUGAUGUUCAGAAAAGGAUGCUGAAGUUGGUGAAGCUUCAGGUGAUAAGCGUGAGAAACCAGAAGGCAGUUUCAUGCCUAGAAAAAUGGCAAGGCUUGGUGAACGUGAAGGCCUUGGUGGAGAACAAUUUGGUUUUGGCACUCGAGGUGAUGCAGAAGGAGAUGGUCUCCCAACUAUGGUGGAUGAUGUUCCUGUUGGAGAAACGCCUCCCAAAUUUCCAAGGAGAAUCCAGUCCGAGCUCAAGCAGUCUCUUUGCCCCGCACUAUGCUGGUAGCAUCAACAACAUCCAGUAUGGCGCCACUGAUGACGAUUGUUGGAAAAAGGAUAUCAUGGAGGAUGUGCAGGAGGACAUUGACAUUUCCUGCAAUGGUUUGGAGGAUGAGUUUUCAGAUGAGAUGGUGGACGAAGGCAAACCACCAGUUGUCAGUGAGCAUGAUUUGGAAAAGAGUACAGUGAUCAUUGCACCCCACGAGAAGUACAUCACUGAGCUGGUCAAGGACUUGAACAUGGCCAAUCGAAAGCCCAAGGCAACACCAGAUAUUGCCAUGGACAGUUUGGAUGGGCCCGAACUUUCAGAUGAGGACAAGCACGUCUUCAGGUCAUGCAUGGGCACACUGCUUUACCUGUCACAAGACAGGAGCGAUAUCCAACAUGCGGUGCGCAGUUUGUCUCAGUGGAUGGCAAAACCUACAAAGCCUGCGAUGGAUGGUGUCAGGCACUUGGUUCUUUACCUCAAAGGAACUUCAAACUAUGGUUUGCUCCUCCCCUACCAGGUCUUGAACAACAGCAAGCUGGAUGAGAUUCAUGGAAAAGAAGCGCACGCAUUUUCAGAGCAGAAAGUCGAGGUUUUUAGCGACAGUGCUGGCGCAGAAGGUCUCUAUGUUGGACGACUUUGGACCUUCCUCACCAAGAAGGACACCAGCGUGGUGAUUGUCACGCACUCAAGCAGUGGCAAGGCAUUUGCUCAACGUUUGGGAGUCGGAAGACUCAAGCAUGUGGACGUCAAGUUUUUGUGGAUGCAGAAAGCCAUCAAGGACAGUUUGCUGGAGAUGAAAACGGUGGCAACUUUGCUGAACGUGGCUGAUUUGGGAACAAAAAGCUCAACAGAGCUCGCAGAGCUUUCCUCAUGUACCUCAUGUGCAUUGUUGUUUUCAGCGAAGAGGUGGAUGGCUAUAUACCAGUUUGAUGACCAAAUGCAACGGAAAAUGCUUGGCAGCAACAUGAAGGUGGUUCGACGAAUCAUGCUGGAGACUCUUUCCAAUGGCACAAGCGACUUCAAACCGAAGUUGGCAACCCCGUUGGUGAAAGCCCUUACUUUGCUUGCACUACAGCCGAUGGCGAAAGGCAUGAGACCAGAUGAUCUCGAUGCGCAAGCAAUUGUGGCCAAGGGCUAUUUGGAUUUCUUCAUGGAGAACUACGAGUUCAUGAUUGUGUAUGUGGUGUUUUUCUUCUUUGCCGGUAUCAUGGUUGGAUUCUUUGUCAGCAAGCUCUUCCCAGCAGAGCACGUCACAGCGGCGAUGACAUGGUUUCGAAAGUGGAUCAAGAUGUACCUCCCAAAGGGACAUCGCCAUUUGUGCUACGUGGAUGACUGGGAUCCAGAGCUACACGAACUUAGAAAGUAUCGUGUGCUGGACAGUCCCAAAGAUGCAUGGUCGGGAGAAGAAUACUUCCGAGAAACAGGAGAUCAAGGAUUGGCACGCUACGUGCGACCUGCUCGACAAGUUCGACUUCGUUUGGGCAUUGCAGAGAUGGAUCCAUUGGAGAUGUAUCAGCUGAUGGAUGAGAACAUGGACGAAGAACAUGGAGAAGAGGAAACCCUUGAACGCGACACUUCAAUGGAAGUUGAUGAAGUUUGUGAACAACCCGGACCAGAACAAGGACAACGAGAACCCAGUGUGGCGAGAUCAACAGUGACGCUUCCAGGAUCGCCUCAUGAGAACCCGUAUGAGUUCCGUGGUGCUGAAUCAAAUGACCCAGAUCGACAAGAGAUGUCGCACGGGGCAGCUCUCAUCAAGGAGGUCAUCAUUUAUCGAGGAGGCCUUCUACUGCCGGGACACCGGGCAAUCCAGGACAAAGCCGAUUGGGCAGGAAAGGGCGGGCAUGGAAAGAGGAGAGUUGCUAAGUACCAGGCUGCAAAAGAGGAUGAAGGCUUUGUAGCGCGCAUGCACGACCUGGAAUGCAAAGGAAGGAUGAUGGAAUGCAGCGCCAGCAUGAUCUACGAGAAGCGCAUGGAGAUGAGACAAGAGCACCAGGACCAAGGUCAGAUUGAAUCUAUGCAGCAUUCCUACACGCAUGGAGCUCUAUACGAGAACGCCUAUUACGGCAAAAAGGGCCGAAAUGAUGUGUUGAGAUUGGAGCUGGAGGCCAAGGAGGUGAAGAUGCUUUCGCUGAUAACUGAGACUCGUUGA